AUGGAGCUGUCCUCUUAUCCCAUCCCUUCGUCAUCCUCGUCUCUUUCUUUCCUCUUUCAAGUCCUUGCAAAAUUUCUCUUUACGCCGGGGUCGGAGGGUAAAAGUGUGCCCGUGAAUCACAAAUGUGAUUCAAAUGGGCUACGUUCUUGGCUUCUAGGGUUUGGGCGAUCGGUCAGAGAAGAAGAGGGGAAAUCUAUGGCGGCGUUGGUCGCUGGUGCCCAGGCGCUGGCGCUGGCGCGCGUUUCUUCCUCAUUGUCAUCUCCCUCUUCUUCUUCUUCUCCUUCUUCUUCCUGCUGUUCGCCUAGCAGUGAAUGCUCGUCGUCAGCGGGAGUGGUGAGCCUGGCGCCGCGCAAGAGGAGCGGAUUGCCGUGCAUUCUUCCCGAGAGGUCGGCUUACAUGGGAGAGAGCGUGUCGGGAUUUUGGACGCGCACAGGGAUUUCGCUGCGGUGUAGCAGGCCCAGGAAGCCUCACGCCGGAUGCAAGGCUUCCAUCGGCGCGGCUGUCUUGGCCGAUAUUGCCAAGGAAACCGUGGUAUGAUCUCCUCCUUUUCCAUCCAAUUCUUUUUCUUCUUGCAAUGGGGUAGCUCUAGAGCAUUCCGCCGUGGUUGUGAGCGCCA